UACCAAGGCAAAUCCCCCCCAACGCAUUUCACCGAUCUUCUUCCCCAACGACGAGGAACUCCAAGCGAAUUGACACGGAGAAGUGAUUCCGCCGGUUUUUAGGCCAUCUUUGUUUCCUCACUUUUUAAUCCCUUUGGGUUUAGAACAGUGAAGAAAGGAAGAAAUCUAUAUAGUGAACUGAAGCUGAGAUGGGAGAUUCAGAUCCUAGAAACUCUUUGAGAUGCAGACACUGUGCAGGUCCUCUCACCAAGGAGAUGGAAACCAGUGCUUGGACUGUUGGACCUCUUAUCAGAGAUAGCUUUUCCAUGAUUGGUUCUGCUGUUGGUGGUGUGUCCAGUGCAUUCUAUGGAUUCAAUCUAGUGAUGCCAAUUGUUCAAAGGCGAGUGAAAGGACCUAUGUGGUUGCAUUUCUUGAUUGGUGCCCCACCAGUGAUAGUAUUUUCAUCGGCUUGUGCUGGAUUAGCAGGUGGUGCGAUUCCAGCGCUUACUCAACUUGCAGCUUCAUCAUAUCACGCAGCAGUCUCGUCAGCGCCACCUCCUCAAGAUGAUGACAUCAGCAAAUCAAGAACUUCCUCCACAUUGUAACAAAAUGGUGAAUCACUGAGUUGACUCGAUCUUCGAUCUGGAUUUAUACAGCUUGAACCACAUGUACAUGUUUUUAAUUUUUGCAACUUGAUUUUGAAACUCAACACACAUAUAUAUAGUAGACUAGUUGGUGAGUAUUUUCAAAGGUAUAAUGGGUGUUUGAUAAGAGAAAUGGUGAAAUAUUAGUGAGAAAUGGUG